AUGAACGACUUGCACUGCGUGGCUGCCCAGGACCUGGUGGGGAGAGUGGUGCCCCCGAUCCUCAUCGUGGAGCUCAUACUGGGGCUGCCGGCUAACAUGGUGGCCCUGUGGAUCUUCUCCUGCCACAUGCCGAGCUGGAGGUGCAACACCGUGUACCUGCUGAACCUGCUGAUCGCGGACUUCUUCCUGCUCGUCAGCGUGCCCUUCCGCAUCCACAGCCUGAUGCGCGGCGAGGACUGGGUGUUCGGAGGCGCCUGGUGCCGAAUCAACCUCUUCAUGCUGGCGCUCAACCGCUCGGCCAGCAUCGCGUUCAUGACCAUCGUGGCCGUCGACCGCUACUUCAAGGUGGUCCACCCGCACCACUGGGUGAACCACCUCACGACCGGGAAGGCGAUACGGCUCUCGACCGUGACGUGGGCAGUGGCGCUGGCUCUGCAGGUCCCCCUGCUGGCCACUGAGCUCCUGCAUGAGCACAACAACAAAAGCCUCUGCCGCAGCUUCAGCUCCUACAGUAAACCGCCGCCGGCCAUCAAGAUGCACUAUGGCGUGUACAUCCUGGAGUUCUUCCUGCCUUUCCUGCUGCUCAGCUUCUGCUCACUGCGGAUCAUCUGCUUCCUGCGCAGCCGCCAGAUGGACAGGAAGCAGCAGGUGAAGCGGGCCAUCCAGGUGGUGAUGAUCAUCGUGGGCGUCUUCACCGUCUGCUUCCUGCCGGGAAUCGUCACGGGCCUCGUCACCCUCGCCAUCCAGAAGCUUCGCCCAAAAGACUGCGACUCCUACAGGCUGGCGUCCCAGCUCUUCAGCAUGUCCAUUGCGUUCACCUACCUGAACAGCACGCUGGACCCCGUCAUCUACUGCUUCUCCAGCAGCACGUUCCGAAACACCCUCAAGGCCUCCUUCAACUCCCUGGGCAUCUUCCACAUGCCCGUGAGCCAGAGGGGGAGCAGGAGUACGGCUAGCGACCUGUAA